AUGAAAAACAACGAGAAAAGAGCAGUAAGUCCCAGAGAGGAGCACUCGGAGCUUGUUGUGCUUUGUGGAGAAUGGCCACCGCAUGCCUUCACCGAAGACGCGAUGCGUCAGUGUCAGUGCAGCACGACACUUGCCUACAGUAGUUCACAGCCGCUUUCAUUUUCACCUGGUUUGAAGUCUUGUUUCAACACAAGAAUGGUGAACUCCGAAAACACCACCAGAUCAGCGCCGGUUACCCAAACAAAUGACAGUCUGUUCGUCUGGCUUUUAUCCAUGAUCCAUCCUUGGCCCGAAUCAAUAACGAUCAGCUGA